AGGGGGAGGGAGAUCAGGGAUGUGGUGUGUGAAGGGAGGAGGGGGCGGCAUUAGUUGCGAUGUGAAUGGAAUAGAAACGGCAAGCGAGAGAGAGAGAGAGGGAGAGAGAGAAGGAGAGAGAGAGCAAAUCAACCUGCUUCUUUUGACUGAAUGAUGGGAUGGGGAAAUUAAGCUCUCCAGCACAGUGACCAGUGAAGGGAUUUUGUCCAGAGAAGGGAAGAGAGGGACAGACGAACCGGGGAGGAAAAUAUCUAGGAAAAUAAUCCACUACCCAGGAGGAGAAAGGGGAGGUAGCAGAAAAUGCUACCGGCAGGAGGGGGAGGAGGAAGAAGAAAGAAAUGAACGAGAUGAAAUGACAGAGAGAGGAAGAGCGAGAGAGGGGAACAGGAUGAAAUGUGGAGGUUUGCCGGGGGAAUUUCACUCUGGAGGUUUCAGAGGACCGCCUGAAAGUUGACUCGAGGUGGUGCCCAAAAACUGGAAAUCGUCAGACAAUGGGCCAGCGAAGCUGAUACUGUGAGAAUACUAAUUCAAGAAGAACAAACUGGGAAACUGGGAGUCUGCGCCCCUCCCCUUCCCCCCCCACACCCCAUUUCCUUUAGUGAAAUUACAGCCAUCGCUCAAGGUGCCACCUAGGAUUGGCCACCGGCCAUUUCGGCUCUUCCAAAGCUCUCGUGGUCCUGUUGCGGCUGAUGCGUCGGUUGGAAACUGAGAAGGGCCGAACUGGAAAGGGAACCAUGCCGGGCUGCUGACGGGCUUCCAGGUGCCCUGGAUGGGAUCCUCGGGUUACCGGCCCCCCUGCUCUGCUGUUGCUCAGGUGCUCGUGGGCGUUGGGUUAAAAUGUGAAUGCUUAAAACUGGAAAAGCGAUGAGCUGUUCGCCCUUACCGCUCCCCUCAUAAUGACCGCGCUCCCAGAUUGCAGCCUCUCGGAACAUUAACCGCCAGCCAUCAAGCGGCGCUGAAAUAAACACACACACACAAACACACGUACACACGUAUCGGAAGGUACGGUCUGUCCUUCAUUGCUGCAGACCGUCUUCACGAGGCCUGCUCGGUUGAGCUGUUCUUUCAGAGGGAAGUUUAGGACGGUCGACGGAGACCCCACCUCAUGUUUAACGUGCGUUCGCGGUCCCCGAUCCGACCUUCCGCCCCCUGAGGCUCCCGCACGCUCCUCAUCACCGUCCUCCUUCAGUGGAGGCCUCCAGGCCGGGAGCGAGGGUAAAGGCAAGCCCAGGGGAGAGGAGGAGGAGAAGUGGGAGGGAGAGAGGAGGACGCUACAUUCCGGCAGCAGGGAAGGUAGACGGCGGCUGAGACGCCCCCCAGCCAUGCAGUCGGACGACCUGUUCAUCCGCAAAUUCCGCCGGCAGAGCCCGCGGCCCCCCCUGACGGCCGUGGCCUUCGAGCCCAAGCGGGACGGCGGCGGGCUGCGGACGCGGGUGGUGGCGGAGUGGCCCCCCCGGAAGGACGAGGAGGGCGGGGAGAGGGAGGGGCUGACGCCCAGCCGGGCGGGGCUGAGCCUGCGCUCGGCGGGCCGGGGCCACAUCAUGCAGAGGAGCAACAGCGACGUGACGCUGGGCGACCUGGACGCUUCGGGGAAGGCAGCGGGGAAGGCCGGCGGGGCGGGGGGCGACAAGGCGGGGGCGGGGGGCGCGGGGACCGCGGGGGACACGGGGCUGGUGCUGCACAGGGAGUACGGCAGCCUGUCGUCCCUGGAGAGGCAGACGCGGGUUCGAGCCCCGAGCAGCGAUGACCAGGGCGCCCUCAGCCCCUCCGCGCUCCGCUUCAAAGACCCCUUCCUCCUGCUGGGCCUGCAGACGGCCGCGCCGGAGCCCGACGGCUUCUUCCGCGCCCUGUCCGCGCCCACGGGCGACUCCCCGAAGCCCGCCAAGCCCGCCAAGCCGGAGCCGCAGGGCAAGAAGUCCAAGCCCAACCCGCCCCAGGCCCCUCCGCCCGUCCCCGCCGAGCAGCCGGUGGGCGGGUCGUGGGUGCGCAACUUCGCCCACUACGACGUGCAGAGCAUCCUCUUCGACCUGACGGAGGCCGCCUCCAACCGCGACAGCAUCGGCCGGAAGAAGAACAUCACCUCGGGGGCGUCGGCGGCCUCCCAGCUGCGGCCCCCCACCCUGUCGGCGUCCCCGUCGCCCGCGCACGGCGGGGGGGUCGGCGGCGGCGGCGCUGAGGACCCCGAGGCCCUGCGUGAGUCGCUGGCCCUGCUGGACGAGGGCGACGGCAACGACAACGACCUGCUGCUCAGCUGCCCGCACUUCCGGAACGAGGUGGGGGGCGAGGAGCGGGCGGGGCUGGGCCGGCCCCGGGGCCCCGGCGGCCUGCACCUGAGCCUGCAGAGCCCCAACGACGCCGUGUCCGUGCUGGAGGAGCCCCGGGAGAGCCAUGUCCAGCAGCAGGGCAAGAGCAACUACUUCAUCGAGCACGCAGACCUGGGCGCCCACUACUACCGCAAGUACUUCUACAUGAAAGACCACCAGAACUUCUUCGGCGUGGAUGACCGUCUGGGGCCGGUGGCCAUCAGCUUCCGCCGGGAGGAGAAGGAGGGGUCCAGCGGCGCCCAGUACAACUACAGGAUCAUCUUUCGCACGACAGAGCUGAAAACCCUGAGGGGCUCCAUCCUGGAGGAGUCCGUCCCCUCUGCGGCCCGCCACGCCACCCCCCGCGGCCUCUCCCCCAAACGCCUGCUGGAGUUCAUCAUCCCGGAGCUGAACCUGCACUGCCUCCGCCUGGCCUCCACCUCCCCCAAGGUCCGAGACACCCUGCUGAAGCUGGACGAGCAGGGGCUGAAUUUCCAGCGGAAGGUGGGAGUGAUGUACUGCCGGGCCAGUCAGAGCUCAGAGGAGGACAUGUACAACAACGAGAGCGCGGGGCCGGCCUUCGAGGAGUUCCUGGACCUGCUGGGGGAGCGGGUGCGCCUGCGCGGCUUCGAGAAGUACAGAGCGCAGCUGGACACCAAGACGGACUCCACCGGCACCCACUCCCUGUACACGCGUUACCAGGACUACGAGAUCAUGUUCCACGUGUCCACCAUGUUGCCGUAUACUUCCAACAACACACAGCAGUUGCUACGGAAGAGGCACAUCGGCAACGACAUCGUGACCAUCGUCUUCCAGGAGCCGGGGGCCUUGCCCUUCACCCCCAAAGCCAUCCGUUCCCACUUCCAGCACGUCUUCAUCGUCAUCCAGGCCCACCAGCCCUGCUCCGAGAACACCUACUACAGGGUGGCCGUGACGCGAUCCAAGGACAUCCCGCUGUUCGGGCCGCUGUUCCCCAAGGGGGCGCGCUUCCCCCGGUCCCCGGCCUUCCGGGACUUCCUGCUGGCCAAGGCGGUGAACGCCGAGAACGCGGCGGAGAAGUCGGAGAAGUUCCGCUCCAUGGCCACGCGCACGCGGCAGGAGUACCUGAAGGACCUGGCGGAGAACUACGUCACCACCACGCCCAUCGACUCCUCCACCAAGUUCCCGCUGCUCUCCCUGGGCAGCAAGCGCAAGGACAAGCUGAAGGGGGCGAAGGGGGCGGAGCUCCACAGCGCGGGGGCCCUGGUGUGGGCGGUGACGGCGGCGGGGGGGCGGGACGGCAGCGAGCGGCUGCCCUGCCUGCUGGGCGUGUCCGCCGAGUCGGUGGUGCUGAUCGAGCGGUGCACGCGCCGGGUGGUGUUCAACUGCUGCUGCCGGGACGUGAUCGGCUGGAAGGCGGUUCUGGAGGGCGGGGCCAAAGGCGGGCCUUCCCUGGACAUCUUUUACGAGCGGGGGGAGGCGGUGUCCGUCAGCGUGCCGGAGACCCAGGCGGAGGACGUCCGGGAGGUGGUGCAAAGAUUAGAGCUGGUGACGCGGGGGUGUGAGACGCGGGAGGUGACCCCGCUGCGGGACGGGGUGGGCCAGCCGGGCUUCCUGCUGAGCGAGGAGGGCUUCGUGACGGAGCUCCAGCGUUUCGGCUACGCGGAGAGCGGGGGCCUGCAGCUGGGGGCCCGGGUGGUGCUCCUCUGCGGCCAGCUCCUGGUGUCCCUCAGGCCCGAGGAGAGGACCGGCCUGCUGCGCACCGCGCCCAGGAUCCACCUGACCGUCAUCCCGCCGGACGAGAACGGGAAACCGCGCCGGAGCUUUUCAGAGCUGUACCUGAAAGCCAUUCAGGACACAGACCGCAAGUCAGGAGAAGGGCAAUCGGGGGAGGCCUGGGUGCUGGACGAACGAGAGGAAGAGGAGGAAGAGGAGAAGGAGGAGGAGGAGGAUGUAGAGGAAGAGGAGAGGCAGGAGGGUGAGGGCGAAGACGGGGAGCCCUCAGGAGAGGGCGAGGGUGGCGCGGGGGAGACCAAAUCCUCGGAGGUCACCUCAGGAGAGGGGGACCAGGGCACCCACCUUUCCCUGCCGAGCCUGCCCCUACUGAGGGCUACCUCCCUGCAGGAGAACCACCCGUCCCAGCCCCCCGAAAUCACACCCACCACACUGACGCGCAGCUACUCCCUGGAGAGGCACCCACCCCGUCAAGAUUCAAGCGAUGAGCACGCGUACGACAACGUGAGGGAGUCGGCCGACGGGAACGUCUACGAGAACACGGGGGCGCUGCGAGACGCCACGCCCGACCUCAUCCUGGCCGUCAAACCCAAAGUCCCCCUGGACGAGGACGAGCUGCAGAAGCAGUUUGUGGGGAUGGAGCUAAUGAAAGACCAACCCGCUGCCCCUCCCUCCUGUUCGGACGGUGGGGACCGCAGCUCCCGGGCCUUGAGUCUGCACAACUCCAUCACCAAAAUCUUGUCAGAAACCACCGAUUCCUCGGAGGAAGAGUGGCAGUCCAUUGCCGAUCUGGCAACCGCCUGUCGCAGUAUAUUGGAAGCUCUGUCUCAAGAAGAUCAGAAAGCAGGAGAUGAAAGCCAAGCUUCCGCAGACGGCAUGGACGUGUCAGGACAGACAGACGCCAAGCUGAGUGACUCUCCGGGCCACUUGGAGGAGAAGGUAUCGCAGCUGGAAACCAUGCUGAAAAGGCUGCAGGACGACCUGCAAAAGCCACAAAGAAGAACAGGACAUCUGCUGGGCAUCGCACGAGGCAGAUCAAAGGUCUGUUCUUAGGGCCCAGUCUGCCUCUCUCCUCCAGCAAACACAUUGAUCUUUGGGAAUAUGCCACUCUGAAACCUGCCCUCCUCCAGGUCUACUAUAGGCCAUUACAGAGAAUAUUGGGAUGAUUAUUUUUCUGGACCCCAGAUGUGUUGCAUAUGUUAAAUGUGGCAGUGCCGGGUCUAGCUCUGCUUACAUAUUUGCAUCGUAUUUCUUGUUACUUUUCACAGCAUUGUGUAAAGCACCAUUGUGCGAUGUGAAAAGUAAGAAGUAGUGCAGUGGUGCACAGAGAUCACAGUGAAUCUGCAUUUUGCCAUUUCAUCACUGUCCUACGAUAUGAUUUUAGCAGGGGGGGGGGCUCAGCCAUGGCCCCAUACUCUUACCCUCACAGUCCAAUAGCCUUAGCCCACCAGUCACAUGGUACCUUCACCCCCCCAACAGAGGAACCACCCUACCCACAAAUCCACUAUCCCCCCACCUACAUGACCAUGACCAGUCAGUGAGAAUAGACAUCAUUUGAGCAUUGCUGGGCACUUUGACCCGGCAAUGAAGUGCCAAGAGGAUGAAUCCAGGUGCUCAUUAUCAUAUCAAACGGCAUUGGGUCUUUGGCGCAGGUCAUGUGGUUACCCCGGGUGACGCCCCCCCCCCCCCCCGACCGACAUGAGCUCAUUGGUGCGCCGUUCAAAAAUGGAAAACACACAAACCAGCAUCGAUUCGCUGGUCGUGAAGCCUGUAUCAAGCCUUAGUCACUCUUCUUCUUUGCAUAUUUACUAUUGUAAUGUUCCUUCAUGAACACGGUAUUAUCAUCAAUCUGAGACCAGGCGGGCCAGCUGCCGUUCCGGUGCAGCUGCGCCGACUUUCUAAACUGCUGAGGCGGUGAACCUCCAGCGUUAAAUGAAAAAUUGAGCGUGCAAUAACUGAGUGUGCAAAACGUGUCGCUUCAUUUCACUUGCAUAAUCCUCCCUCCUGCAUGUGCCGUGAGAGUGAGCACGGUUUGCUGGGUAAUAUCCAACAGCGGUCUAAGGAAAGACAGACGGACAUUCAGAAAUGUGUUCUUCUGCACGACUGCUGCUGCCGCAUUCAGUCUUUAAUGUUGAGGUAACGUUCAGUCUUUAAUGUUGAGGUAACGUUCAGUCUUUAAUGUUAAGUAGCCCUUUGCCAUUUAAUAAUGAAAUGGACCACAGUUGCUCCCAACCCAUAGUCUGUAAUAUUUUUGCAAAUAUCAAGGGAUUGCUCCUUUUGCUGUCAGUGCAAAUCGAUUUUAAUAAGCAAUUUAAAACCUGUGACUCACUGGGCUUAUCUGAAGCUUUGCUUGAAGGUCAGUUUCUGUUUCUGUUCUCUUUAUUGUUCAUAAUGAUUAGUGGGAGAUGCAAACCGUUGCAGAUUAUAUACAUAUUUGUGUAAUUAUAUACAUAUUUUAUUAUGAUUGAAAGUAUAAACUAUAUUAUGAUUAUGA